AUGGCAGGGAAGGGCAUCGACGUGGAGGCACUGUCGCCUAGGGACGCCAAUGCGCGACGGCCGCGUGCCACGACGAUGGAGCUGAAGCCCAAGACAGUGGCGCAGUUGAAGGCGAACAAGGACAAGGAGCACCCAGCGCCGCCACCACCAAAUGUGACGGAGCCACCGAGUGCCGACCGGCGAGACGGGGCGGUUUAUCAGGUGGGCAAGCUGCUGGGCAAAGGCGGCUUUGCGGUGUGCUAUUCGGGGGUGUUGGCGGGGACGAAGAAGGUGUAUGCGCUCAAGAUUGUGAAGAGCAAGAUGCCGGCGAAGAUGGGGAAAAAGUUCCAAACAGAGCUGCAGAUCCACUCCAAGAUGCGCCACGUCAACAUCGUGCAGUUCUUCCGGGCAUUCUCGUUUGAGAGCUCAACGUACCUGGUGCUGGAGCUAUGCCCCAACGGCUCGCUGAUGGACAUGGUGAAGCGACGCAAAGGCGUGACGGAGGCGGAGGUGCGAUUUUACGCAGUGCAAAUUGCCGGGGCGAUCAAAUACAUGCACGCCAAGGGAAUCAUCCACCGUGAUCUCAAGAUGGGCAACAUCUUCCUGGACCGGCACAUGAACGCCAAGAUCGGCGACUUUGGGCUGGCAGCACUGCUAGUGACGGGCCGCGACAUGCAGACGAUCCGACGGACGACGCUCUGUGGCACGCCCAACUACAUCGCGCCGGAGAUCCUGGAGAAGGGCCGACAGGGCCAUGACCACAUGGUGGACAUCUGGAGCCUGGGCAUCAUCAUGUAUGCGAUGCUGACGUCGAAGCCGCCCUUCCAGUCGUCGACGACAGACGAGAUCUACCGCCGAGCCAAGGAGCGCGACUAUGAGUGGCCGGCCGCCGAGGUGCGGCCGAUCAGUAGCGACGCCAAGCACGUGGUGGCCUCGAUGCUGCAGGAGGCGCACAUGCGGCCGGAUCCCGACGCCAUCAUCGAGCACCCGUUCUUCACGACCGGCUACCUGCCGACACCAGCGGACAUGACAAUGCGGCUGCGCGACCUGCCGCCCGAGCGUGAUUGCUUCUACCGCAUCCCGUCGUCGCCACGAGUGCAGGCCCAGAACCUCGAUACGCUCAAGGCCAUGUGUGUCGAGUGUGGCGUUGGGCCGUGGGCCAAGACGAAGCUGCUGUCGAAGCCGGUGUGGCGCGAGAUGGCUGCUGAGGAACAGGCCGGCCUGACUCCAGCCAUCCCGCUGGCUGAUGACGUUGUAUAUCGGCCCUUUGAGACCUGGUUGCAGGAGACCCAGCUGUUGCGUGCCGGCAGUGGUGGCAGCAGCCGGAGCACUUCAGCCUCCGUCACCCGAGUUGCUGCAGGACCGUCUCUGGCUGUGUCUGCAUCGGCAGCAUCGUCUGCGUCCACUCCGGUCGAAGCACAGCCGCCCGUUGCCGAGUGGCUCCCGCCAGCAGCGUCUCUGUCAGGCACCUCGUCACGGAAACCUGCACCGUCAGCUGAUGAUGCUGCCACUUCGACCGGCCUGCGAGCACCACCACAAAGCUUUGCUGCCCAGCAGCGACAGCAGGGCCGGGUUUCUGCACGACGAGACGUCGCUGUCGCCAAAGGGUUGUCAUUGCAGGCCCGCGAGCAGGCUGCAGCCUCGGCGAAAUCGUCAGCCACAAGCGCCACAAACGCCACAAACGCCACAAUCCCAACCACCACCACUACCACAUUGACAACACGUUCGCACCGGACAGUGCUGCCCGGCAGCAAGUCGUCUUCUUCGUCGAUCCCGUCAUCCUCCUCUUCUUCCUCGGCCGUGCCCGAGCGUAAGACUGCUUUGCGACCUGCUUCCAGCCGGUCAACGCAGCAACAGCAGGAACAACCAAAACCACAACAACCACAACAGCAACCACAACCACAACCACAACCACAAUCACUAUCACAACCGCAAACCCAGUCACGGCCAGAAGCAGAAGCAGAUGACGAUGACGUCACGGCUAUCGAGCGGCCGCCGCGACUGUCACUCUUCAGCCCGUACGAGCGCCAAGAGCUGGUGCCCGGCAGCGAGCCCGACGUGGUGCUCGCUCGACUGCACAAGCUGCAGGCCGAACUGGACCGCGCACUCAACGCACGCACAAUGGCCUUUGUGUCGGCACGCGACAAGACGGCCGGGCCGCCACAGAUCGUCGUCAAAUGGGUCGACUACACCAACAAGUUCGGUCUCGGCUACAUCCUCAACGACGGUAGUGUCGGCUGCAUCUUGCGGGCCAUCCACGUUCCCGGCGAAGCCAGCGAGCUGCCACCGUCGUGUCUGAUGGUCCGUGGAGCCGAGCGCCACAUUCAGCGCCGCGAAGACGUCUCGUAUCCAGACCGCCAGCAGAUCGUGCCCAUGGGUCGCCGCCGCAGUGGCGAUGUCGUCGAGGGCGAGGGUGAAGGCGCCAUCCGCUUUUACGAGAACAACGGCGAGCGCGGUCUGCGCCGCGUCUGUGUCGAUGCCUCGCGCUUCCGUGUCGCUGUCGAUUCGCGUUCCGGAGCUGCUGGGAAGCUGUCGGCUGGCCGCGACGCCUUUGACCACCGCAAGCGCGAGCGUAUCGUCCUCUGGAAGAAAUUUGCCAACUAUAUGCUGGCAUACGGCCGCGAGCUGGAGGGCAACCAGGCCACAGCCGAUGCUCGGAACCCAUCAUCGUCCUCGUCGUCAUCAUCGUCUUCGACGUCGUCUUCGUCGGCCUCGUCGGCUUUGUCAUCCCAGCCGUUGUCGGCAUCUGACGAUGCUGUCGUCACCUUUUACCAGCGCUUCGGCGAUGUCGGCUGCUGGGUCUUUGGUGACGGUCAUCUGCAGUUUAACUUUCCUGACCACACCAAGAUGGUGCUCGAUGCUGCCGGCGUCAGCUGCCACUUUUGGCACCUGCCGGCCGCCGCCGCCGAGCGUCUCGCUGCCACCGGCCUCGUUGAUGAGGAGGCCCUGGACAGUCGCAGCGUGCUCUCUUAUCCGCUGCAGACCCUUCUCAACUUCUCGUCGGUCCCUUCGUCUGCCUCGGCUGCCUCGCGUCGGAGGCCCAACAUCCGCCCUGAGCUGCAGAACAUCCCCGCUGCCAACGACUUCCGCCGCAAGGUCGAGUUCGUCCGCUCCAUUGUGCGCGAGUGGGUGUCGCGCCGUGGCCUCGGCAACAGCGAUAUGAGCCACGCUGGCCGUCUCCGCUGGAUGGGCGCCCGCGAGACCGCCAAGCUCGCUCCCGGCACCGUCACCCCGACCCCCGUACCGGCCUCCAAGCACGUCUGGGUUACCAUCGGCGCCCGUCUGGGCGACGUCCGCGUCUCGGCCAUGGUCGAUCCUCGUCGGCCAGGCGAGCUGGGCCCCGAUUUGGAUGAGGUCCGCCGGUAG